CCGACAUAAAUCUGGCUGAUCCGGAUUUCCAUUUGAGUCGCCCUGUUGACAUGCUUCUUGGUGUAUCCGUAAUGUUCGAUAUACUGCGAAAUGGAAACAUAAAAAUAGGCGAACAAUUACCGUUGAUCCAAAAUACGGUUUUAGGGUGGAUUGUUGGAGGUAACGUAGCAAGAUUAAACUAUGGAGGAAAUUUGAAUCGAUUCAUGAAUGAAAACACUGUCAAUCUCUCAGUUAGAGAAUGGACAGAUGAGGAAAUCACGUGCGAGCAACUAUUUGUGGAUAGUACCAGACGCAACAACGAGGGUAGAUUCGUGCUGAAGCUGCCCACAAAGCUAUGUGUAAAACAACUUGGAGAAUCUAAGUCCACAGCGCUGGACAGGAUGCUGAAGUUAGAAAAGCGUUUUGAAAAAGAUAGUAAGCUUCGUGGUGAUUACUGCUUAUUCAUGGAAGAAUAUUUGGCAUCAGGUCAUAUGGAGAAAGUGGAAGAAGGCACACUGAGAACUGAUGACCCGGUAUUUUACUUCCCACAUCAUCCCGUACUUAAGCCGGACAGUUGCACAACCAAGUUAAGAACGGUAUUCAACGGAUCCGCUAGUACGUCAACGGGAAUUUCGUUGAAUGAUGUUCUGAUGAGUGGACCCACAAUACAACCAGAGCUUUUCAACAUUCUUCUGAGGUUCCGGUGUCACCGAUACGCAAUGACAGCCGACAUUAAGCAAAUGUUCAGACAAAUUUUGAUUCAUGAUGAAGAUCGCCAGUUGCAGUUGAUUCUUUGGCGGUUUUCGCCAGAAGAGUCUAUCGCUACUUAUCGGCUCAACACCGUCACAUAUGGAACAUGCUCGGCUCCAUUUGCAGCAACACGCUGCCUAAGACAGCUUGCUAUAGAAUACGAGAACCGAUAUCCACACACAUGUCAGGUUAUUAUAAUGGAUUUUUACAUGGAUGAUGUGCUUACCGGCGACGAUGAACCUGAAAAACUGAUAGAAACAAAGGAGGAGUUGGGGGAAAUUCUGCAAAGUGCGGGCUUCGAAUUACAUAAAUGGAAGUCCAACGAACCGUCCAUUGUUGGCGAAGCCGUAGAUAGUAGCUCGACUAAGAUUCUAGGAAUGCAGUGGGAUACCAGAUCUGAUCUGUUCGGGUUUAGCGUGGAUGUGAACGUGAAUGCAAAAAUCACAAAGCGUAGCAUUUUAUCGGAAGUGCAAAAAAUUUUCGAUCCUCUCGGAGUUAUCAGUCCUAUCAUUUUGCAUGGAAAGUUAAUAAUGCAGGACAUAUGGUCAACGAAACUGGAUUGGGACCAAAAGCUUCCCGUGCGAAUUGAAAAAGAUUGGAUUUGGUUCUGUAAGCAAAUCGAUGGAAUUCAAAAAAUAUGUUUCCCUAGACAUGUGCCUAUCAAGGGUACAUUGGUGGAGCUACAUGGAUUUUCAGAUGCCGCUAAACGUGCCUAUGGUGCGGUGGUUUACGUCAGAACUAUUUGCAACGAAAGAAUCCUGGUCAACCUAAUCUGUUCGAAGUCAAGGAUUGCCCCGUCCAGCGAAAAAGCGAACAAAGAAGAUACAACCAUCCCACGCAUGGAGUUGAGAGCAGCGACUCUAUUAGUAGAACUUAUGGCAAAGGUCAAGGAUACCUUAACGGUUCCAAUAAACGGAAUCUAUUACUGGACUGACUCGAUGGUUACGAUAGAUUGGAUUUCAAACCCAGCAAAGAAGAGACCAACGUUUGUUAGCAAUCGGGUGAAGAAAAUCAACGAAAUGUCAGCAAUUGACCAUUGGAAUCAUGUGAGAUCCGUCGAAAACCCAGCAGAUCUUAUUUCAAGAGGCACGUCUGCACAGAAAUUAUCGGAGAGUUCGAUUUGGUGGCACGGUCCAGCGUUUCUUAGCGAACCCAGUGGAACAUGGACAAACGAAACUAUCAAAACAUUAGUGAACCGAGAUCAGCAACAAACAAUUCCUCAGAAAAGUUCUCAAAACAAAAUGGACUGUUCACUUUUGGACCGAUAUUCUAGAUUUGAGAAACUUCAAAGAGUGACAGCAUACUGCCUGCGCUUUAAAAGGAAUUGUGAAAAGGAUCCUAGGACAAGAUCGAAAGGGCUGCUAACUAUACAGGAACUCGAAGAAGCACAGUGGUGCCUUAUACGAAUGGCACAGAAUAAGUUUGCUGCAGAAACACAACUACUGUUAAACAAUAAACCGUUACCUGCUUCAAGCUCGCUCAUAACGCUUCAACCAUUUCUAGAUGAUCGACAGAUUCUUCGCGUUGGAGGCAGAAUACAGUCGGCAGGAGUGAGCUUCGAUCAACAGCACCCGAUCAUUUUGUCAUCCAAAUGCAAUCUAGCGCGGCUACUUGCGGCUCAUCUUCAUGUGGAAAAUCUGCACGUAGGUAGCCAAGGUCUUCUUUAUGCGAUGAGAACGAAAUAUUGGCCUAUACAUGGACGCAGCCUUACACGACGCGUAGUUCAUCAGUGUAUGAAAUGUUACCGGAACAACCCCAAAACUUUAGAGCAAAUAAUGGGACAGCUUCCAACUGAACGAGUAAACCCAGGUAGGCCAUUCGAAACAUGCGGAGUAGAUUUUGGAGGGCCUUUCAUAGCCAAAGAAGUAUUUGUCAGGACUCAAAAGACACACAAGGUAUACUUUGCACUUUUUGUGUGUCUGAAAACUCGAGCGGUUCAUUUAGAAUUAGUAAGUGGGCUAUCAACGGCAGAUUUCAUUGCUGCUCUGAGACGAUUCGCUGGCCAACGAGGAUGGAGCAAAACCAUUUUCUGUGACAACGCAACUAAUUUUGUGGGAUCAAAAAAUGAAAUCAAAUCUCUGGUCGAAACAUUUAACUACCAAGUUGCACCGGACAUUCGAGAGUUUUGUAAAGCAAAAGGAACUGAAUGGAAAUUCAUACCCCCACGGUCACCAGCAUUUGGAGGAAUAUGGGAAGCAGGAAUAAAAAGUGUCAAGCAACACAUACGUCGAGUGUUAGGACCCACCAUCCCGACUUAUGAGGAGAUGUUAACCCUCCUUAAACAAAUCGAAGGCUGCUUGAACUCACGACCAAUUUCACCAAUGUCAUCCGACCCUCGUGACCCAAACCCAUUGACGCCCGGACAUUUUGUAGCUGGCGGUCCGAUAACCGCACCACCGGAUCACAAUCAUGACCAAACCAACUAUAAUCGGUUAACGAGGUACGAACAAAUCCAAAAAUGUCUGCAACAUUUUUGGGAACGGUGGAGACUUGAAUACUUGAACAACAUGCAACAACGGACGAAAAAGAUGUGCAGUAAAGAACCAAAUUUGUUAGUUGGUCAGUUCCCGAAUAAAACGGUAUGAUACAUUAAUUGUACAGCGUAUGCUUUAGUAAUUAUUUGUGCUAUCAUAAAGUGGAUUAUAAAUCAAUGAUAAGACCAAUCGUUUUGGUGAUAGCAUUUAUCAUUCCGGGAGUUUUGAUGAUAGGCCGAAUGGGUUGUUAAGUAUC